AUGAGAUCGAUCUUGAGAGAAUCAAUACUUGAACUGAAAUUAUUCAGUCAACCUAAGAAAUCAAUCAGAGAAGAUAAUGAGCAGGCUCCAGAAAAAGCUUAUAAAAUUAACUUAUGGGAUGAGUGGAUGAAGCUUGAUGAGGAUUUCGCAUAUGUAGCACGUGAUCGCAAUUCACGACGUUUCAUGUGCCAUGUAUUCCGUUGCGAUACACCCGCUCGUACUAUUGCGAACACGUUGAGGGAUAUCUGUAAACGAUUAAUGCUGCAACGAAGACCGAAUACAUUGAAUUCAAUGGAACGCAAUGAGAGAAGGAUUGUCAGUAGGGGAGAAUCUUCGUUGCCAACACCAAUUGAAGAGCCAAAAAAGACGAUCAGAUGUCACUUUUUGGGUGUUACUCAGGUACCACGUGCAACUGGAAUUGAGAUCUUAAAUGAAGCUGUUGAUCGACUCGUUUCACAGGUGCGUCCAGAACGUUGGAUUUUAACGGACGUAUCGAUAGCACCGUCAACAAUAACAAUCAAUGAGGUGAACGGGAAUCAGAUUGCUGAGUGUCGCGUGCGUUAUCUCUCAUUUCUGGGUAUUGGUCGCGAUAUCAAGCACUGUGCAUUCAUAAUGCAUACGUCGUCGGAGAAUUUCAUGUGUUACGUGUUUCAUGUCGAGCCGAAUGCCGCAAUAAUGGCAAAGACAAUAGAAGCGGCAUGUAAAUUGCGUUAUCAAAAAGUUCUAGAUGCACACGCAAACGCACGUAUCCCUCUCAAUGGAAAGAAUAACUUCUAA